CUAUCGAUGUUUCCACCUCUAACCCGUGCAUAAAAGCAAUUUUAGGCGUUUUAAAAUUCGAGAGUAGCUAAAUUCGGGGUCACAAUGCGCCCAGUUCGCCUCUAAGUGGCUUUCGCAAGCGUCAUCGUAGGUGAACAGGUGCGAGGUAGCGCGGAAUUCCGCCCAAGUGCUAAUCAGGAACCCAAUAUCAGGCACAUCCGCCCAGCCAGUGGGGAGAAAAAUCGAUUUUGUGAUAACAGGCUUACGCGUUUUCGCACUGCUAGUCGGAGUCCAGUGGUGGUUUCCAGUCCCAAUCCCGCGCCAUGAACGUGGACUUUGCGAAGGUGUGCAGCAAGCACAUAGGCGUCUACGAGGCCUACUACAAACAGAUUGACCCCAAAGCCACCGGAGCAAUCGAGGCCAUGACGGCGGCCAAGUUUCUCAAGAAGUCGGGCCUCAGCGACGUGGUGCUGAGCAGGAUCUGGGAUCUGUCCGACCCCAACGGCAAGGGCUUCCUGGACAAGCCUGGAUUCUUCGUGGCCCUGAAGCUGGUAUCGCUGUCGCAGGCGGGCCAGGUGGCCAAUAUGAACAACAUCUAUCUGGACACUGCCAAUCCGCCGAAGGUGGGUGAAAUACCAAAAACUAUGCCAGCACGCAUCCAGACGGUGCCCGUGUCCAGCGGCGGAGUGGCCAACGGGGACUGGUCCAUCGGUGUGAUCGACCGGCUCAAGUACGAGCAGCUCUUCGAGUCGCUGGGUCCCUACAAUGGCAUGCUGCCGGGCAACAAGGUCAAGGGCGUGCUGAUGGACUCCAAGCUGCCCAUGGGCAUUCUGGGCACAAUCUGGGAUUUGGCCGACCAAGACAAGGACGGCAAUCUGGACAAGCACGAGUUUGUGGUGGCAAUGCACCUGGUCUACCAGACGCUGCAGAAGCGCACUAUUCCCAGUGUGCUGCCGCCCGAACUUCGGAAGCCCGGAGGUGCAGGUCCGCCACCCAAACCCGCCAUGCCCCCACCACCGGCUGCUGCCAUGCCGCGUGCUCCCAGUGGCGAGGGAUUCGGAGAUGGCGGCUUCGUGGCCAACUUCCCCAAGGACAUCGCCCCCCCGGCGGCCAUUCCGCCAUUGCCGGUGGCUGUGCCGCCCAUGACGCGCAUUCCGCCGGUGGGCGCUGUUAGUUCCCAGCCGCUGAUCCAGACGGAUCCGCUGAUACCCAUCGGGGCUCCACCCUCGGUUACGGCAAACGCCGACUGGGUGGUCACCCCGGCGGAGCUAAAGCGCUUUGAGGACAUCUUCCGGCAGUCGGAUCUGGACAAGGAUGGCCUAGUCUCCGGCCUCGAGGUGAAAGACAUCUUCAUCAAGUCGGGUAUACCGCAGCGCAGUCUGGCGGACAUCUGGGCGCUCUGUGACACCAAUCAAUCCGGCAAGCUAACUGUGGAGCAGUUCGCCUUGGCCAUGUGGUUCGUGGAGCGGAAGCAGCGCGGCGUGGAUCCGCCGCAUGUGCUCAACGCCAACAUGGUGCCGCCUUCGAUGCGGGCCACAGUGUCUGGAGUGGAUAUGCAGUCGCAGGAGGUGAAGCCAACUUACUCGAACCCGGAGCUGGAGAUGAUUUCGAAGGAGAUCGAGGAGUUGGCCCGCGAGCGGCGAGUCCUGGAGACGGAGAUUGCCCAGAAGGAGGCGGAUGUGCGAAUCAAGAACGGCGAAGUGCGCAGUCUGCAGAGCGAAUUGGACACUCUUACCGCCACGCUGAAGCAGCUGGAGAACCAGCGAGGAGAGGCCCAGAAACGACUGGACGACCUACAGGCUCAAGUUACCCACAAUACGGCCGUGCUGGCCAACGUAAGUCUUGACAUAUCGCGCACCAACGAUCAGGUGACCAAGAUUCGCGACCAGUGCCACAUGCAGGAGGAGACCAUUAACGAGCAGGAGGGCGAGCUAAACGCCAAGCGCUCUGAGCUGCAGAAGCUCAAGGACGAGGAGACGUCGCUGCAGAAGGAGUACGACGACAACAACCGCGAGCUCUCGAAGUUGACCAACCACCUGCAAGUCACACAACUGCAGAUCAGCUCGGUUCGCUCGAUGGUCACCCAGCUGUUAGAGACGCAGCGCCAGAUGACUGAUGCCCUGCUCAUCUGUCGAGCGGCCAUGGAGAGCCAGAACGCCGAGCUCGUCUCCGAGUACCAGCUGAAGAUCGAGCCGGACUUUGACGAGGCGCGCCAGACGCUGACCAAAGAGGUGCACAUGCCCAAGGACGAUCCCUUCGAGGAGAACAACAGUGGCGCCGCCAAUCAGGCCACCAAUGGUUUUGGCACCGACCCCUUCUCCGGCCAGCCGGCCAGCAAGCCCGCGAUUUCCACCGGCUUCGAUGACAGCUUUAACAUGAGCUCGGGCUUCGACAGUGGCUUCGAUGCCUUUGGUCAGAGCGGAGCGGGCUCAGCAUUUGGUCAAACGACCCAGCGCGAUCCCUUCGGUUCGGACGUCUUUGCGGCCAACAAGAACGACGCCAUUACUCCAGAGCCGGGAAAAGACGACUUUGGCAGUGAUCCGUUUGCCGCUCUGCAUGCUCCAACUGGCCAGGGUCAGGUGCUCAGCCCCAACAUGCAGAAGUCAGGUCCGCCGCCCAGACCGGAGUCCCCUAGUCCAGCAUUGCCGCCAAAGAAGUCCAAGGUGCCGCCCCCGCGACCAGCGCCCCCACGGGCAGCCCAGCCUACGAGUGGAUUUGGAGGCGGCGGCGGAGGAGGUUUCGCCGACUUCGACGACUUUGACAAUAAGCUCCACAACAUUCCAAGCACGCCCACGCCCACGGCCACGCCUCUUUCCCUGCCCCCACUCCCGCUUCCGCCCCCUAUUCCGGCUUUGAUCUCUAGCGGAUCGUCGUUGCUGGACAGCUUUUCGCUGUUUGACGAUCCCGGCCAGAUCCGCAGCCAGGCGGCCAGCACGCCCAAUCCCACACCCACCACCACCUUACAUCCCCUGCUCUCGACACCGGUAUCCACACCAGCAGCCCCAUCCCCGGUAUUAGCAUCUGUAUCAGCAUCACCAGCGGGAUUGGUAGCGGGAGCGGGAGCGGGAGGAGUUCCCCUUAGUAGCAACAUCACCAUCACCACCGCCCCCAGCCCAAAUAACCAGCAUUUGUCGCGUUCCAAUACACCGCUGCAGAAUCCAAGCACGCCGGCAUCGGGAUUGGGAGCCAGUGUGUUUGAUGCCUUUGGAGCAGCGAUUGUCAGCCAGAAGUCUCCGACUUCUGGCCUCAUCAUUGGACCCACCGAUUUCAAGGACGAUCCCUUCAAGGACUACCGCUACGAGGAUCCCUUCAGCAUCAAGGAUCCCUUCGCAGACGAUGAGGAGGAGCUGAAACCCAAAGGAACUGAUGAGAAGAAGAAAAAUAACUUUGCCGAGGACUUCAGUUCGGAGGACGAGAUGGGAGCAGCCGCCAAAAAUCUGAGCAACAUGUUAAACAACAAUAAUGGCAAGCCCAAGGCGGCCACGCCCCUCAACCACGAUCUGCUCCAGCAGUUCGACGCCUUCAACCUGAACUCGAGUCCGGCUCCAUCGUACCACUCGACCACCUCGCAUCACUCCAGCUCCACGCCGAAUCCCCAGAAGUCCCAGACGGCGCUGAACGCAUUCGCUGAUUUCGAUGACUUCCCUGCCACCCUGGCCACCACUGCAGGAUCGGGGUCUGGACCUGGCUCCGGAACGACGAUCGCGGCCACAACCACUAGUAAUACAAAACUCAAUGAUUCCUUCUUUGAUGCAUUUAACGACAACUUCGGUGUGGGCCAAAACUCAUCGGUGACCACUGGCUUGACCAGCAAGCCCAAUGAACAAAAGGCCACUGCCAAGGCCUUCGACGCCUUUAACGACAACUUCGAGGACCAGUUCAAGAUGGGCCUCAACUUUGCCCAGUUCGAGGCACACAACUUCUCCAGCGACUUUGGAAGGACUUCCUUUGAGGCCACGGGCAAGGAGAAGCUGAAUGGGCAGGUCAAGGCCAAGAUGGAUCCCGGUAAGAAGCCGCCGACCAAGGACAAGUUCGCGGCGGACUACUCAAAGCCGGAGAGCUUCGACGCAGAUCUGGAGGAGGCCCUCAAGCGCAGCGUGCUGGACAACUAGAUAAGAGGAUAGUGCAAGCAGAUACAGUUGAAUAUGAUUGAGUUCCACGCGAAAUCUCCAAUGACACAUGCAAUGUUCUCUCUAUUCGUUGCACUCGAUCUGAUCUUUAGUGUUAAUGCUUCGUUCCCGUUUCGAUCACGACGCCAUGGAUCUAUGUAUAUCCAUAUUUCCCAUGGUUUUUAACCCGUACUCCUCGUGCUCAAGGAUCCCGGCGAAUAGAGAAUUCCAACGGAGCCGCAGCUGGUAUUACAAGCUACAUGCUAUAUAGAGUUACAUAUAUAAAAAUUCGCUUAAUCACAUACUCGUAGAGCCUAAACAUAUUACGAUUUAACCUGUACCAAAACCUUAUGAAUAAACCUAUGAAAUAACAU